AUGAGAAGCGCUCAACAAAGAAGCAACAUUGUCACGUCGAAGCGGAAUGCAAGAGACAAGGCGCUGGGUUUUGCUGGUCCUUAUUUAAUGAACGACCAUGACGUCUAUACCAAAGCAACGGCCAGCGAAAUUGUGCAAAGGAUAGCCAAAGGAGAAUGGACCUCUUCUGAAGUCCUCGAGGCGUAUAUUGCGCGAUCUGCCAUGGCUCAGGCCGAGGUGAACUUCCUAUAUGAGGACGCCCGCAAACGAGCAAAGGAGCUUGACGUAGAAUUUGCGAGCACAAAGACAUUGCGGGGACCUUUCCACGGUGUUCCAUUCAGCGUCAAAGAUAAUUACCGAAUCGAGGGGUACGACGCGACCGUUGGGUUCACCGCAUGGGCCAACAACCCAGGCAAAAAAGACGCUUGCCUCGUUGCUCAACUCAGAGCUGCUGGUGCUAUCAUCCUCGUGAAGACCAAUGUACCGCAGACAAUGUUCGCGUUCGAGUGCUCUAAUCCUCUCUGGGGUCGCACAACAAACCCAUGGAACGACAAGUAUACAUGUGGAGGCAGCUCUGGUGGAGAGGGAGCUUUGCUUGCCAUGGACGGAUCCGCCAUAGGCGUCGGUUCUGAUAUCGGAGGAAGCCUACGCAUCCCAGCAUCGUAUUGUGGUAUAUACUCUUUGAAGCCGACGGCUGAGCGUGUUAGUUCUAUUGGCACACAAGGAAGGUCGUCCACCCGGCCUGGAUUCGAAGCAAUUCGAUCUUCUCAUGGGCCGUUGGCGCGGUCUGUCCAGGACUGUGAAUUGUUCUGCAAAACUAUCUUUGGUCAAAAGGACUCGUCUCACCAGAAUAUUCCUAUACCGUAUCAAGCCGUCGAGCUCCCUUCCAAGCUUUGCUUUGGCUAUUAUUUGUCAGAUGGCAUGAUGGAAUCAUCACCUGCAUGCAAGCGAGCAGUACUGGAGACAGUCUCAGCACUCAAGAAGCAGGGACACGAAUGCAUCGAGUUUACAUCUCCCCUGAACGCAAGUGCGAUGGAGGUGUUCCUGGGACUCGCAUCAUCUGACGGUUAUAAGAGGAUGCUUUUGUUCCUGGUCACCUUGGGCCCCAGAUUACCGUCCUUCGUUCGUAACCUGGUUUGCUGGAUCGUCAAGACGGUCUUGGGUGACUCCCUUUUUUCUCGUUUCUUCUCUUUGGCGCGAGAGAAAACUGUCUCGGAAUUCACGGAUUUGACUGACCAACGCAAUAAGGUUGCUAUUGCGUGGCAUGAACAGGUAUGGGACAAAUACGGUUUCGACGGAAUCAUUGCACCUGUACAGUCCCUUCCAGUGAUACCUCACGGGGGUUCCACAUACUUGUCCCCGCUCGCAGCCGCGACUAUUAUAUACAACAUCAUCGAAUCUCCUGUUGGCAUUAUACCAGUAACGCGCGUCAAGCCAGAUACCGACCAACUAUCAACAGAUUUCGUAGCAGGCGCUUCGGGCCGAUCGAAAGUGCUCGAGAACCGCAUGUACCUGGGCAAGAAUCCCGUUUACGAUCCUAAAGCGAUGGAAGGCAUGCCCGUUGGUGUUCAGCUUGUAGGUAAGAAAUGGGAGGAUGAGAAGGUCCUCGCGAUGAUGCAUGUUGUCGACGAGGCACUGGGACCUAGGGGAUUCGGUCCAGGCAGUUGGAAACCGAGAAAUGCACAGUGA